GAAAAAUCAACACCUGCCACUGACACGUCUGACUUUUAGAGAAAGAUAUUAUGGGCUUAGUAACAGCUUUAAAGGGAAAUGAAAGGGUGACUUAGAGCUCCUGAAAGAUGAAGGAGUAAUCAAGAGAAACUAGAGAGGGAGGUUGAAUUACAGAGAGAAGGAGGAGAACGUGGUGGAUCAGACUGAAGUAGGAAAAAGAAAAACGGAGAGAGAGAGAGAGAGAGAGAGAGAGAGAGAGAAAGAGAAAAGAAACUUCCUUGCCGCUAUACAUGCCCGAAGCUCUCAGCUGAUCGACACGAAGGCAGUUCGCGGAGCAGCUGCAGAACUUCUGAGUGAGGUGCGAUGAUGUCUGGACUCCCUGUGCCCGUGCUGUUGCUCCUCCCCCUGGUGGUGGUGGUGGCGGUCGCUGUGCCGUCCCCCUCGCGCCCCCCCGUGCGCUACUGCCGGCGCUGCUGCGACCACCUGGACCCCCCCGACAGCCCCUCCUCGCCGCGCUCUGCCGGCCUCCACCAAGCGCCCGAGGUCCGCACCUUCAUCAACAUGACCAUCCUCAAAGGAGAUAAAGGGGACCGUGGGGAGCGAGGUACUCCAGGGAAGGCCGGAGCAGAGGGCCCCCCCGGCACCAGGGGCCCCGCGGGCCACAAGGGGCCCAAGGGCCAGGCGGGCACGCCCGGCGACCCCUGCAAGACCCAGAACUCCUACUUCUCGGUGGGCCGGCGCAAGGCACUGCACAGCGUGGACUACUACACGGCGCUGGUCUUCGACACGGUCUUCGUCAACCCCGAGGAGCACUUCAACAUGUUCAAGGGCAAGUUCUACUGCUUCGUGCCCGGCGUCUACUUCUUCAACGUCAACAUCCACACGUGGAACUUCAAGGAGACCUACCUGCACCUGAUGCACAACGACCGCGAGCAGGUGAUCCUGUACGCGCAGCCCAGCGAGCGCUCCAUCAUGCAGAGCCAGAGCGUCAUGCUCACGCUGGCGCUCAACGACGAGGUGUGGGUGCGGCUGUACAAGCGCGAGCGCGAGAACGCCAUCUACAGCGACGACGUGGACGUCUACAUCACCUUCAACGGAUACCUGGUGGCGCCCAGUACCUAAACGGAGGACGGAGACGAGACGGGACGCUUUUGUUGUUGUUUUUGUUGCGUUGUUUGUUUGUUUUUUUGUUUUUUUUUCUUGUUUUUUUUUGCUUGCCUAAAUUCCUCUCAGGGAAGUAAGUUGUGGCAUCCAAGAGUCGCGUGAGGACCGCUGGUGAUGUUGGACGAGAGGUUGGCAAAGAAGGGGAGAGGUUGCGACGACAAAGCACUACUGCUGUUGCACAUUUUAAGCACACUACCUGCAACAACAUCAAUCCCUCCACGAUGAAGAGCUGUAUAGAAAUGUAGACGUACAAUAUGGUGCCUUCAGGAGAACAAAAAAUGGACUAUGCUAAAUAUCGACUUAUUAUCAAGCCAUGAAACUGUUUCGAGUGUUUUAAAGUCUCAAAGCUGCGGUGCGGCAUGUCUAGUUUCUCAGCGUUGAUAGCUUUUCUUUUCCUGGAACGGACUCAAAACUGUUGCUGCCUCGUUCAAACGGCAUGCACGCCCUCACUGAAAGAAAGACAGAGAAGAAUGUGUGAGAGUGUGUGUGUGUGUGUCUGUGUGUGUGAGAGAGAGAAAACAGCCAUGCAGCAGCUCCUUCUCACCUUAAUUGGCCCCUGGUCCCUCAGGCCAGAGAGCUCUCAGGGUGCGGCAGGUGGAGUCUGUCGUCCAGAGGUGACCAGGCGGGGGGCCUCCUGGUGGAUCGUUAGUUUGCUCCCCAGAGCCCUGGGCUUUGUGUCCUGCCAGCCGAGAGGGAGAGCGGAAGGGGGGGGGGCCUCCAUGUGUUGGCCCCACCAGUCGGUGCCAGCUGGCCAGCUCAGUACCCCUGCUAUUAGCACACAUAUCCCAGACGCUGGGGCCACGGCCGUGACAGGCCUUGGAUGGAAAACACACACAAUUUGGCCAAGCGAGUUUGUUUGUUGUGUUGUGCUGUGCGCUUGUUUUACUGCUAAUCAGUGUUUCAGACGCUCACGGAGGAGUUGUUGAAGUCAAGACCAUAGAUUACGAGGAAUAAACAGACUACGGCAGACCGUAGUAGCGAAGGUCCACAGAACAGAGCACAUCUGCCAUUUUGUGUACACAAAGAGAAUGCAUUGAGGGCGCCAAAAAAUGCCAAAAAAAGGAUGAUACAAAAAUCCUCUUAGACACAGUGUAGCUUAACUACAGUACUGAAAGUACUGAGAUGGUUGAUGGUCAUGAAAAAAAAAAAGUUGUCCAAUUAGCAACACAACUGCAGCUUUGCUUUACAAUCAGAUCCUAUAAAAUCCCUGGUUAUCACAGUGCACUAUAAAAUCAGUCAUAAAAAUUAGUCCUAAUUGGGCACAAAACAAAUGAAGAUGCAUCAGCCAUUAUUUCAAGUGAGACAGAGUGAUGAGAUGGGUCAUAAAAAGGGCCUCGUCCCCGAGUUGACGGAUUGUGACUGAGAGCGAAUGCCAUGCUGCCCACCCGCGUGCGGGUUCUCAGAAGAUGCCGACAGCCCUGGGCUGUUUGGGUAAAAAAUUUUAAACAGGAAGCUGGGGGAUUGUGUUGGUUCAGCCCUAAUUGCAUCCAGACCUGGUGGACGCAUGUUUUUGGAAAGGAGGACAGGAGAGAGGAGGGGGUGAUGAAUGAAGAAAGAGUAGAUUUAAACAGGUGAAUAAGACAAAACUAGGGCCAAUAAGCAGAUUUAAAAAGUGAAAAAGUUGAAUAUACACAUAACAUGUCAAAUCUAUUAUAUUUUAUAUCACGCCAUUUAAAAUGUGUCCUAACAGUAUCUACACCAUGCAUACAAACUUGGUGAACACAGGGCGUCCAGUGAAUUAUUAGGAGUUGCUAUAUUUCCUAUUUCUUAAGCCCAUUUUUUAGCAGGUCACCUCACUGACCCUCAGCCAGAAGGAACAGCGCUUUCUUGGCUUUCGCUGUAGAAGAGGGGAUUUUACAGCCCCUGGGUCGAGGUUGCCAACACAAACGCUUAAAGCUAAUUACAGCUGUUAACCCACGCAAAGGGCAGAUAGACUCAGUCAUCUGUGCGGUCCGCUAGUCCAGGCCCAGGAGUGAGGCCAAGGUGAUAUAUAGGAGUUUAGAGUCCUUGGGAUGGACUGGACAGCACAAGGUCGCAACCUUGGCUUCUGAACCACAUAUCCUUACAGCACACAGGGACCUCUAUGGAGCUGAGGCUUGUUACUGUUUUUUUGUUGAUAUGACUACAUUUCCUUAUAAAAUGUUUAUGAAAGUGUUUGGGGUGAGAACAUACUACUUAAAAGCUAAUAAAGUAAUAACUCGAGCUGGCAAGAUGUCUCUGUGGAAUCCAGGCCUGCAGCCUCUGUGAGAAUGACCUUGCAGGCAAACUGCUCGAUGGUUGUAAACAAGAUGGAGGUUGUUGUAUAAAUUUGAUAAUGAGUUACGGGUGCUGGGCAAAACAGUGUGCAUAGGUGAUGUAAUUGUGUGGCGUGUUUGAGAAAUGGGGCAUAACAAUGAUUCAGUGAUCAGAUUUAUGAUGCUGUUUGACAAAAAAAAACACAUUUGGUGCUUAAAUUAAAAGGCAGGUGUUCAAUCUUUUGUUUACAAGUAAACCUGCAUUAAUUUUCUAUGUGAACAGAAAUGUCUGUGUUUGUGCUGUCUAGAACAAUUAUAACUUUUUUUCUGUUCUGUUCUUAUUAAAAACAGCAAU